AGUUAAUCAUGCAGUCUUGGAAAAAUGCUCCGGAGUAACAUAGCAUUUGCCCGAAGGAUCAAUAUUUCAGUCAACCAAGGGCAGUGUCGCAAAGCCGUACUCGUGCUCCAUCACCUUCAAAAAACCAGGACUGCAACAUCCGAAAUACUUCUAUCUGCAGUCCUGAGGGCCUGCGGAAGGCUUGCAGCUCAAGAAGAAGGAAAGCAAGCUCAUUGCAUGAUACAGAAACAUGGGUUCUGCUUAGAUGUUAUCCUUAUGACCUCCCUCCUCGACAUGUACUUCAAGUGCUCCGCCGCCGAAGAAGCGCGGCACGUGUUCGAUGAAAUACCCAAAAGAGAUGUGGUCGCAGCCAAUAGCAUGGUUUAUGGAUUAUGCCGGUGUGGCUUGACCCAGGAGGCCGUCCAAGUAUUUGGCGACAUGCCUCAGAGAGAUGCAGGGUCCUGGAAUUCCCUCAUUUCAGGCCUCGGGCAAAAUUCUGAGGGACGGACCGCUUUGUUUUUCUAUGAGAAAAUGAGAUUAGAGGGAGUGGAAGUUGAUGUCACGACCAAGGUGAUCGUCCUCGCUAUUUGCGCCGAUCUUGCAGCCUUGGUUAAUGGAAAACAAGUUCAUGGGCUAGUGAUCAAAUAUGGGUUCCAGCUCUAUUUGCCUGUUGGAAACGCCACCAUUGACAUGUACGCCAAGUGUGGUUGCAUGGAUGAGGCAUAUUUAUGUUUUGAGAACAUGCCCUUCAAGAACUUGGUCUCGUGGACUUCUCUAAUUGUUGGGUAUGGGAAACAUGGGUUGGGAUUGGAAGCUCUCAGGACAUUUGAUCAAAUGGAGAAGGAGGGCGUUGUCCCAAAUGAGGUCACAUUUCUGGGCACCCUCUAUGCGUGCAGCCAUGCCGGAUUAGUCCACCAGGGCUGGAUGAAUUUUAACACCAUGGUGCACAAAUACUCCAUCACUCCUCUCAUUGAGCAUUACACAUGCAUGGUGGAUCUCCUGGCACGAUGUGGGCGUCUUGAGGAGGCCCGAAGUUUUGUGGAUACGAUGCCAAUAAAGCCCGACGCGAAGCUUCUAACUGCAUUUCUCAGCUCAUGUUGCGCCCACCGGAAUGUGGAGCUGGCAAGGAGCGUAGGACAGAAACUACUGCAAUUAGAACCAAAAGAAGCAGGAGCCUACAUGCUGCUAUCCAAUUUCUAUGGGCUUGUUGGGGACUUGGAAGGUGUGGCCACUGUGAGAAGGGCGAUGUUAGAGAGAGGAAUCAGAAAAGAGAAGGCGUGUACUUGGAUUGAGAUUAACAGAGAGGUUCACAGGUUUGAAUCCGGGGCGAGAACUCACCCAGCCAUAGAGGAGAUCUGUCAGUACUUGGAAAAGCUUGUGGAGAAGAUGAAGAGAAAUGGGUACAAGUCCAACACAAGCAUGGUUGUGCAGAAUGUGGAUGAGCAGACCAAGGAAGAGAUACUUCUGCAUCACAGUGAGAAGCUGGCAAUUGUAUUUGGGCUCAUCAGAACAGCCCCUGGAACGCGCAUUACGGUGGUUAAGAAUCUGAGGGUGUGUGUGGACUGCCAUGUAGUGAGUGGGUUGAUUUCAAAAUUUGAAGGGAGGGAGAUUGUAGCCAGGGAUUCAAGCAGGUUUCACCAUUUCAGGAAUGGAGUUUGCUCUUGUGGAAAUCACUGGUGAUGGCCAAGUGGUUAAUUUGGUAUUGUUGGCAACAAUUAUGUGCUUUGCAUGUGUAUAUUUUUAGAGGUGCAAUACAUGCUUGACAGAGACUAAGUUCUUUAAAUUACUGAUGAACAUUAUUGAUGACAGAGCCUUUGCAAGGAUGAAGUGAAAAUACAAAAAACAAAAAGAAUACAAAGCUAAAAAAGUAAUUUAAUAAAUGAUUUUAUUUAUUGAAUAAA